AUAGUCAUUCCUACUUUUACUUCCAUAGCGUUUGGUUGUUUUGAGGCUCUCCGGAAUAAAAUUAAAUAAUUUUUUCAUUUACUUUUCAAAGUGCGCAGCAAAAUGUCAGCUCGUUCAAUUUUCAUUAAAGACCAACCGAUUAUGAAGCGAAGGAUGACCAUAUCUGGAAAUCGAGCAUUACCCGUUAACGUGAUAGAGCGAAUCAGGCAGCGCAACUUUUUCGAUGAUGAUAUUUUUCGCGGAAGUAACUAUUCGCGUGGUUGGAAUAGCAAUAAUUCUGGUGGGCACUUCAAUUUUAAUCGUAUUACUCCACCGCCUCCCGAGAAUCUCAACUGGGGAGGCAUGUUUAAACGUGAUCGCUCUCCAGUUCGCAAAGUUCGUUUCGAAGGUCUUAAUGAAUCUACUCCGGAACUUCGGGAACCUUUCUAUCGUCCCAUUGAGGAACCGCCUUUUCGCGAUGAGCCAGUGAUCGGUAAUCAUGCUCCCAUCAAUUUUGAUCGUGAUGAGGGUCGCGAAUCAAUUGCAUAUCGUCGUUUUAAUACCAAUUUUACGGAACCACCCUCUGGAUACAAUAUUUUCAAUAAUGAUUUGGAACGUCGAGAAUUUUCUAAUGAAAACUAUGGAAACGGUGGACAGGGGGAAUUUUCCAAUGAAAACUUUCGAAACAGUGGACAGCCGGAAUUUCCCAAUGAAAACUUUCAAAACAGUGGACAGCCGGAAUUAUCCAAUGAAAACUUUGGAAUCAAUGAUCAGCCGGAAUUUUCAAACGAUAGAUUGGGAAACAAUGGACAGUCGGUAACUAAAACUUCCAGAUAUAUUGAGAUAUCGGAUAAAGUUUUUACGAUUGGUGGCAUCAAGAUGCCGUACGUGACCAACGUGAUUGGUAAGGCUCCCUUUACCGAUGGGAAGUCUUACUUUGUGCGCUAUGUGAAGAGGGCUCCUAACUAUAUUAUACGCAUUACAAACACCAAGGAAAUACCCAUCGUCCAGCAUAUCUACAACGAGAUAAUGGAUGUCAAUGAUGAUGAUGAUUUGGGGAGCAAAGACCGUUCGACCAACUUUUCGAUGAGCCGCUAUCGGGAGAGUUUUAGCCAGGAGUGGACCAAGAUCUAUCGGGGCAGGAACUACCGAACCUGGGAGGGAUGGUGGAAGGAUUUCCGCAACAUCGACGUGGACAUCCUCGAGCAGUUGGAGAAGUUCGAUUGCUUUAAUGUGAAGUGGAACUUCAUGAUGCCAGGAGGGACUCGCGAUACUGCCGAGCUGAUCAAGAGGGCUAAUAUCGCUCUGACCAAAAACAAGAACAACUAUCUGGGCAACAUGAAGGUCAUCUAUAGCCUGAUGGACCACAACAUCCUCGGGAACUUGGACAUGGAGGCAACCGCCCAGCUGCAGGACAUCAUUCGAUUGGUGCCCAAUCACUUGUGGAUCUACAAGUUGCGCGGCAUGAUCUACUUGUGGUACAACUACAGUCAGGUGAUGAAGUCCAAGGACACCGGCGAUAAGAAGUACCAGAUGGUCCUCAAGGAGUGGAAGAGCCCCGUCAUCCACUGGGUGGCCCACCAGGCCUUCAAGGAGCUAAGGGCUAUCAGCCAAACUGAGUAUCCCCAAUUCCGUGAGGUCUACGGCGCAGACAGCAAGGUGGCUAAGAAAUAAUCAAUUUUCUAAUUGUAAUUGCUAACUUGCAAAAUAAUUUUAAAGAAAUAUAAUAAAUAUCACGCAUU